CCGCCGGCAGCAUGGCGCGGUCCGCCGCGCUCGCCGCCUGCCUGGAGGCCGUGCUGGGCAGCCGCAGCAAUGCCAACCGCGUCUUCGAGAUCCUGGAGCUGCUGGCGGGCCAGGAGGAGGAGGAGGACAUCCUGUGCGCCGGCAGGACCUGCAGCCGGCUCUUCGGGGCGCUGCUGGAGCGCAGGGAGCUGUUCGUGGGCCCGCUGCCCGCCGAGGAGGCUUCUCUGGCCGGUAACUACAGCGCUGAGGACAAGUACAAGAUAUGGAUGAGGCACCGCUACAAGGAGUGCGUGGAUUGCUUGGCGGAGCUGAUGGGGCACGAUGCCUUCCAGGUCAAGGAAUUGUCACUCUGCACCCUUAUGAAGUUUGUUGAGUUGGAGGCACGAUACCCACUGAUCAAAGUAGAGUGGAAGGGGAGUUUAACUUUUCCUCGUGACCUUCUUAAGGUAGUUGUUGAUGGCUUACUGCCCUUAGAUGAGGACGCUUCACUGCUCAUCUCUCGCUUUCAAGAAUACAUGGAGUAUGAUGACAUUCGGUACUUUGUCAUAAAGGCAGUCACCGAGAGUAUUGGACAAGUCAUGCAGAAGACAAAAGAGAGGCCGCUGCCAUUUUACCAGCAGAAUGUAUUUUCCCUCAUUUCACCCAUUAACAUGCCGAACAAAGAGUGUGACAUGGUCAAGUUUAUGGUGAAGCAAGAAAACUGGGAGGAAUUGAAAGUGUCAAAGCUGCAGGCACACAAGCAGGCCUUUGAAAAAAUGUGGCUCAGUUUCUUGAAGCACAAGCUACCCGCUGGCCUCUACAAAAAAGUUCUUGUUAUUCUGCAUGACUCCAUCCUGCCUUACAUGAAUGAACCCACUCUCAUGAUAGAUUUCUUAACACUGGCCUAUGGCAUAGGUGGAGCAAUUAGUCUUUUAGCCUUAAAUGGAUUAUUUAUUCUGAUUCAUCAGCAUAAUCUGGAAUAUCCUGACUUCUACAAAAAGCUGUACAGUCUUUUAGACCCUUCUGUGUAUCACGUGAAGUACCGAGCCCGCUUCUUCCAUUUGCUUGACCUGUUUUUAUCUUCAUCUCACCUGCCAGCGUACCUGGUGGCAGCGUUUAUAAAGCGCCUCUCCCGGCUGGCCCUCACUGCUCCUCCUGAGGCUCUGCUCAUGGUCAUUCCCUUCAUCUGUAACCUCUUUCGGAGGCACCCCUCAUGCAAAGUGCUAGUACACAGACCUAAUGGGCCAGAAGAUAUUUCAGAAGAUCCAUAUAUUAUGGAGGAGGAGGAGCCAUCCAAAAGCAGGGCUUUGGAAAGCUCUCUCUGGGAGAUUCAGACCCUACAAAGCCAUUAUCACCCAGAGGUGGCCAAGGCAGCUGCUAUCCUGAACCAGUCACUGUCUGAAAUAGAGGAUGACAUAUCAGGACUCCUGGAGCUCUCAGCUUAUGAGCUUUUUGAUAAAGAAGUAAAGAAAAAGGCGACUGAUGUGCCCCUGGAGUUUGAGCAAGUACGAGGCUUGUUUGGGAAGAAGAAUGAUAUUUUUGCAGAGCACUUUUCUUUAGAUUGAUGCGAUCUCUUACAAACACAUCUGCACAGCUGACGGAUCGUAGGGACAUGCACAAAGCUCACAUUGUGCGCAGCAAUUCUGCCUUUGAAGUAUUUCCAUGUGAGGAGAGCUGGACUGCUUGAGAAAGGUGCAACCUCCUUCAGAGACCUUUGCCACUACCCAUGGAUGGACUUCCCUUUGUUUCACAUGCUUUUGUACUGCCACCUGAUACUUGGAUUUCAACUCAGAGCAAGGUUUUCUGGACUUGUCCAUUGCUGGGAUUCCAGCCCUUUACUCCAGAGCUGCUGGUGCUGGCUGUGGUCAGUGACUGCGCCAACAGACCAUCUUGCUGCCAUUUGAUGGGACUGAGGGUAUUUGAGGUCUCUGACUGCUCCUUUUACUUUUCAGAUGUGUUAUUUUUAUACUAGCGCUGACAACCUGUUUGUAGCAAGAGACUUCAACAUACAGCUGUAAACACAGUAUGUUUUUUAUAUACACUUUAAAACUCAUGUAUUCAGAGAAAUAUUUAGUUUCCUCUGUACUCGUCCAAACACUCCCAUGUUUGAGGCACUGAAAGCUCUGGUUUGUCAAAAACAACUCAUGGAUGAUGAUCAGUAAUUCCAACUGGAGUGUUGCUGAUGUUCUUUCGUGUACAUCCAUCUCAUGCUGUAAAGUUGCUUAGUUCAAAAUGCUCAUGAGCUUUGGAAAUCCUGGUGCCUCCUGUAGCGGGGAGACCAACUGAUGUGCACUGGGAGGUGUGUCUAAUCCUAGAUUUUUGCUUUGGAUUGAUAAGCAGCUUGAUGUAGUUUUGCUUGCAGCCUGCAAGUGUUGUAGGAGCUCCUGCCAGUGUGUAUCCAGGUGCUAAUGAAGUUUUAACAAGUCCAUUGAUAGUAGGUGCUUUUGUUAAUUUGGUUUUCUCAUAUGGUUCCAUAAGUCAUGCAGAAACUCUUUCUGAUAGCGUUUUUGGUUUUGGUUUUUCCCCAAGGUUUUAAGUUUGAGCAGAUAAACUCAGGGUUUUGGUUUUUUGGUUUUUUUUGUCUACUUAUUUUCAACAAUGUUCUCUUGUUAGGCUUUAACUCUGCAUAUUUUGAAAUCAUAUUUUGUGGAGGAGAAAAACACAGUCAAGAAAGCAGAGGCCAAGAAAUCUAAUCUAAGUCUGUUUAAGUCAAGGAGAGCUGCAGCUGUCCUGGAGAUACCAAGUGUUAUGUUUUCUUCAUCCAGUUUUCUUCAUGCGUUCCAGACAGUGGACAUGUCCUCAGAGUAUAGAGCUUGCAGCCCUGUCUCCUCCCUGGCCAGCCUGCUUUUCUUUUUCCUUUGACUUCUGGUUUUUGUGGUAAGAAGGCAGAAUGGCUGACAUGGUAACUUACAACUUGAGAGUCCUCUGUUCAGGUUCACCCAAGCCUUGUGUUUCAGCUCUAAAAUGUAUCAUCUCCCUAUGUCAUAUGUAUGUUGUAUCUAUGUGUUUGGUAAACAUUUUGAAGUGCUCUGAUGCUAUAAUAAUGAGGACCACCAGGCUGCUUUUGAAAGAAGUGUGUAAGUGUAUCAUCUUUCAGAUGAAAUGAAUGAAUAUAUUGAAUAUUGAAAAGAAUGAGCAUAUAUUUUGAA